AUGGCGACGCCAUGUCGACAACGGAAUAAUGGAUGGACCGUUCUCUCCCUUCCGCCCUCGGCUGCGAAGCUUGUCAAUCAGUCUGCUGAGAAGCGCCGGGCUCCUAAUUGGCACCUCGCUGCUGCCCUUGCACUCAGACUCCACGAUGCAGCCAUCCGAAGCAAGUGCGGGCAUCCCACCGGGCCAGCCACUCAUCUGUACUAUCGGCCAUUCCAAUCGGACAUGGGAAAACUUUAUUGA